GCAUACCGUGAAUGUAUGGCACAAAGUAGGCAGGACUUGUAUAUUAAAAUGAAAGUAAGUAUCUUCUGUCUUUGAGAUGGUGUAGAAAGAAAGUUAUUCAGACAGAGAAAUUUGAGGUAAGGGAGGGGGCAGAGGCUCGGUGGGAAGGGCAGGUAUGGAGCCAGUGCUACGCUGCAGGGCGGAGUUUAGCUUCUCCCAAUUGUUUCACAACAAAUAAGGAAAGGUCGGAGGAGACACAGUUUUAAUAGGCACAAAUGAAAAUAGCUAUUCUGUCUGUCACCCCCUGUACUCUCUUUAAAGACAACUGCGUGGUAGCCUGAUCUUCUCAAAGCUGCAGAAAUGUCACGUCAGUUCACGAAGAUCUCUCUCCAUGAGGUGGAUGAGAGUGUGCGACUCUUGGCCGAGAAGGUGUAUGCUUCAGCUCUGAAGGAAGAAGACUCUAAAAACACCUUGUCCAUGUUCACCGUCCCUGAGGACUGUCCCAUUGGCUUGCAUCAGGCUAAGGAGUGGGAGCUACGUAAAGAGAUAGCGGAGCAGAGGUCAGAGGAAUCUGUAAAGAGAAAACAGAGUUUCAAGCUGAUGCGAUCCCAGUCAAUAUCCUUGCAAUCAGUUGCUCCUGACUGGGUAGUGUCUGUGAUUUCACCCCUGCUGACCCCAUCCUCACCUAUAGGCCCUCCGCCAAUAAAUAUCCCAGAGUUCCAGAGGGUCACCAUCAGUGGAGACUACUGUGCAGGGAUAACAGUCGAGGACUAUGAGCAAGCAGCAAAAACCCUGCUGAAAGCACUCUUCAUCAGAGAAAAAUAUUCACGGCUGGCAUAUCACCGCUUUCCCAGGAUCACAGCCAGGUUUUUAAGGAGUGCCGAUAAUGAGAAAUGGAGCGAGGAGGAAGAAGUGCUGCCAGAAAGCUGCCCUGUUCCAAGUGAGGGUGAGGAUCCCUACAGUAUGGAAGACCUUCCACAGAAUCUGAACUACUCCCUAAAGAUGAAAGACGGAAUCAUAUACGUCUAUAAUAAUGAAGAUGCCUUAAAACAGGAUCAGCCACGGUGCUUGCCAUAUCCUGAUUUGGAAACCUUUGCUAUUGACAUGAGCCACGUCCUUGUCAUGAUCACAGACGGACCAACGAAGACCUAUUGUCACAGAAGGCUUAACUUCCUGAUGUCUAAGUUCCAGCUUCAUGAAAUGCUGAAUGAGAUGGCAGAGUUAAAGGAACUGAAAUGCGUUCCUCACAGAGACUUCUACAAUGUCAGAAAGGUUGAUACGCACAUUCACGCAGCUGCCUGCAUGAACCAGAAGCAUCUACUGAAGUUCAUUCAGGACACAUAUAAGACAGAGGCAGACCGAGUGGUGCUGGAGAAGAAUGGAAAGAAGUUCACCCUCAAGCAGGUGUUUGACAAUCUAAAAAUGGACCCAUAUGACCUCACAGUAGAUUCAUUGGAUGUACACGCGGGCAGACAAACCUUUCAUCGCUUUGAUAAAUUCAAUUCCAAAUACAACCCAGUAGGUGCUAGUGAGCUCAGAGAGAUCUACAUCAAAAGUGAUAACUACAUCAAUGGAGAAUAUUUCGCACGUCUCAUCAAGGAGGUUGCUCAUGAACUGGAGGAGAGUAAAUAUCAGCACGCAGAACCCCGUCUCUCAAUUUAUGGCCGAGCCCCUGAAGAAUGGGAAAGCCUGUCCAAAUGGUUUAUCAAUCAAAAGUUGCACUCCCCUAACAUGAGAUGGAUCAUACAGGUGCCCAGGAUCUAUGACAUUUUCAGAUCAAAGAAGAUUAUUCCCAACUUCGCCAAGAUGCUAGAAAACAUCUUCCUCCCACUGUUUCAGGCCACUGUUAACCCUCAGCAACACAAAGAAACGCAUGUCUUCCUGAAAUAUGUGACAGGGUUUGACAGUGUAGAUGAUGAGUCCAAACACAGUGAUCACAUGUUCAGCUAUAAGAGUCCAAAACCUGAGGAGUGGACCAUGGAGGAAAACCCACCAUACACUUACUACCUCUUCCACAUGUAUGCCAACAUCAUGGUCCUCAACAACCUACGAAAAGAACGUGGUCUUAAUACCUUCCAGUUCCGUCCUCACUGUGGCGAGGCUGGAUCCAUCACCCAUCUGGUAUCAGCCUUCCUCACAGCUGACAACAUCUCUCAUGGACUCAAUCUGAAGAAGAGUCCUGUCCUGCAGUACCUGUAUUAUUUGGCCCAGGUGCCCAUUGCAAUGUCUCCACUCAGCAAUAACAGCCUGUUCCUGGAGUAUUCCAAGAAUCCGCUCAGAGAGUUCCUGCAAAAGGGCCUCUGUGUGUCUCUCUCCACAGAUGAUCCAUUACAGUUCCACUAUACCAAGGAGGCCUUGAUGGAGGAGUAUGCCAUAGCGGCACAACUGUGGAAACUGAGCACAUGUGAUGUGUGUGAGAUCGCCAGAAAUAGUGUGCUUCAGAGUGGUCUGUCUCAUCAGGAGAAGAAACACUUCCUGGGUGAGAAUUAUCUACAGGAUGGACCAGAGGGAAAUGACAUCCGUAGAACAAAUGUGGCACAGAUCCGAAUGGCCUUUCGGCAUGAGACCUUGUGCAAUGAGCUCAGCUUCCUAGUGGAUGCCAAGUCAGAAGCUUUGGCUGAACAAGCCUCAUAAACAUCGCAGGGUAAUAAAUAGGCUAGAGUCCAUACGAGUGGACCAGACAUCAGCAUAAAACCUUAUCUUGCACCAGAAUCAUGGAAAUACAUCACUCUUGUAGCAAGACAUGGAGCCAUGCGUCUUGGUGCCUUAUGAUUGAAAUUUUUUGAGGGAGCAUACAUUUGUUACCUUUUCUAACGAGGAAGUCCUCAGUAUUGUAACUUGAACAAUGAAUUUAUUUGUUCAGAUAAAUGUUUUAUGCUUAAAAAAAACUGGCAACUGGAAGAAAUAUUUGCCUUGAUAAACUAGUUUGUUUGCAGCCUGA